UUUUCAGUGGAACGGUUAUUACGCGUUAUGUUUGUGAGUCGACAGCCGAAGAAUCUUAACCCCAUGCGUUUGCUGUCGCUAAAUCGCGAAUACAUUGACAUUAGGAGGUACCACGAUUGACUGGGGUUUCUAGGCAACGAAACUAAUCGAUUCUAAUUCCUAAAGUAUUUGCAGAACUUUUUAAUGUAAUGCUGUUUCCGUGGAAUUAUCAUUGUACUAUUAUAAGUUAGAAUAUUAAAAAUGGUACUGUUCAAAGUGAGAUGUUCAGAUAUUUUUAGAUGAUUCCACGUCAGUUGUUUCGUUCGAUACACGCAAAUUACCUGCUCUGCUAUUCUUCGAAGAAAACGCUGUUAUCAAAAUUGCGUAAGAAGACCGGCUACACGUUUGUAAACUGUAAAAAGGCGUUGGAAAUGUUCGACAAUGAUCUUGUAAAAGCCGAAGAAUGGCUGAGAGAACAGGCUCAAAGCCAAGGUUGGUCUCAAGCGGUCAAACUGCAAUCUAGAGUGACCACUCAAGGAUUAAUAGCGGUAGCUACCAAUAACAAUUGUGGAGCCGUUUUGGAGAUCAAUUGCGAAACAGACUUUGUCGCAAGGAACAAAAAAUUCCUCGAACUAGCAGAAAUCGCUCUGUCCACCGUGUUAAAACAUGGAAUGUCGUUGGAAUUGAAUUCACCCGUCUCUAAACACACGCUGUUCUCGGAUUGUAUCAACGCUUUGCCAGUCGGCGAUGGGAAAAAUCUAGGCGAUCAUUCUGCUCUAACGAUCGGUAGCGUCGGAGAAAACAUUAACAUAAGACGCGCCUUAUGCAUAAAUACCGAACAAGGCUUGCAUCUCUACGGUUGCACGCAUCCCGCAACCAUAAAUCCGGUGGCAUCUUUCGGACGAUACGGUGCCCUGUUGGCUUUAAAAUCCAAACAAAAAUGUGCCAAUAUUGGACCGCAGCUUUGUCAGCAUAUUAUCGGCAUGAAUCCCACUAAAAUUGGAGAUCCAGCUGUCGACGAACCGAACAACAACGUGGAGGAGGAAUCGGUCAUGCUGUACCAAGAAUUUCUGCUCGAUUCCUCCAUGUCCGUGCAACAACUGUUACGAGACAACAAGGCAGAAAUUAUAGACUUUGUGCGCUUCGAAGUUGGUGAAACGAUCGAAUUAGAUACACAAAAACAACCAUUGGAGUCCCUGGAAACCUGUGGUUAAGAGAUAGAGAACAAUUCCCACCCGAUAAAAGAAGAUCGAAUAUGAAAUUCAUUACUGUAUCAAUUAUAUACGUACUCUGAGAAAAACGUAUCCUUAUUUUAUCAAGAUAAAAGUGGAGUAUGCAAGUA